CAUUCUUCUAACGCUCCACAUUUCAGUCUGACAUGGCGGUAUGUCGGCCUGUUUCCGGGGCCAAAGAGGUGUCAUUGAACGGUAAAAUCAAGAGAUUCCCCGAGAAAGAUCGCCAGCUGUUGAAAACGACCCUACAGUCUCACGGAUGGCAGUCUCUCGCCAAGGACUUCAGAAUUAAGACGUACACAGACGUAAGGAGGGAACAUCUUACAGACAUUGCUGAUGACGUGGAUGGCACCUGUCCCGACUUAAAGGAAGACGUUAAGACUCGGCUUGAGUUGGUGAAGAGAAUGCAGUGUACCGGGGAAGUGCAUGUGUACAAGGGAGGGAGUGAGGAGGGGUCCAAACGUGUGUUCUACAGGUACUACAUGUUCGUGCGAGCCAACACGACCAGAACAUACGACCUGUUCCUGGCAAGUCUGUGCCGCAAGGAGGAAGAGCCGAGCUUCUUUGGGCUACUAUGGAAUGCUAUUGGCUUCGUCCUGUUCCCCCAGCACAUGCUGUACCAGAUCAUACAGGACCAGCUGGUGGCACAGAUCCUCUCAAGGUGUAUCGUCAUUGCUGAUGACGAGGACAUGUCUGUGACCUCCAAGGCACUUAUGACGGUGGCCCUGUCGCGAGGUGUGGUCCCCAAGGGCCUCGGGGACAGAAUCAUCGAGUUCGAGUUUGUGGAAGACCUCAUUGACAAGGGCUUUCUCAUUCCUGGCGAGGAUGGCUCACAAAUGACUUUGAAGUUCGGAUAGUUCAGUCGUAUAUCAGUCGUAUAACCUCGUACUGACAUAGCCAUUCAAUCAUAACUCCAGUAAGGUUUCGUGAUCGCUUAUAUGGUGUACAUGUGUUCACAUUCGUCGUAGGUCGUCGUGCGAUACGUCGUACUUUUCAAGCAGGCUGCGACAGAACCAACUAUUGACAAUGAUAUAAGGUAGCCUUUGUCGUAAUAAGACGACUCAAUUUCGCACGACAUAUGUGC